CCUUGGAGGCAUAUCUCGCCAUCGAGAGGAGAUACAGAAGCUGAAGUUCAUUUUCUGAACAACAGAAGCAUUAAGGAUGUUAGGUAUGCAUGCAUUAACUUUCCAUAAAUACAGGUGACAACCUCCAAGCAAAUCAGGCUGUGAGAUAUAUGCAGAUCUCAAAUGGAUAAUAGGACCUGAAAGGCAAAAGGAAAGAGAGAAGAUGUAUCAUCAUCAUCAUCAAGGUCACAGCAACCUCCUUGCUUCUAGAACAACCUUUCCUCCAGAGAGGCAUUUGUUUUUGCAAGGCGGAAGUGUUCCUGGGGAGUCAGGACUAGUUCUCUCAACUGAUGCCAAACCUAGAUUGAAAUGGACACCCGAGCUGCAUGAACGUUUCAUAGAGGCAGUCAAUCAACUUGGUGGAGCAGAUAAGGCUACCCCAAAAUCAAUCAUGAGGCUGAUGGGCAUUCCAGGAUUAACUUUAUAUCACCUAAAAAGCCAUCUGCAGAAAUACAGGCUCAGUAAAACCCUCCAAGCUCAAGCUAAUGCUGGAACCACCAAAAAUGUCAUAGGUUGCACACUUGGAGCAAAUAGGACAGCUGAAGGCAAUGGAUCACUCAUAAGCAAUACUACUGCAGCAUCCCAGACAAACAAAACCAUGCUGAUAAAUGAAGCACUUCAGAUGCAAAUUGAAGUACAGAGGCGACUGCAUGAACAACUUGAGGUGCAAAGACACUUACAGCUCCGGAUAGAGGCACAGGGCAAGUAUUUGCAGUCAGUGCUUGAAAAGGCCCAAGAGACUCUUGGGAAGCAAAAUUUGGGUUCUGCAGGGCUGGAAGCAGCCAAAGUGCAAUUAUCUGAACUGGUUUCUAAAGUCUCACAUGAAUGUCUUAAUACUGCAUUUCCAAGCUUGGAAGAAAUCUCUGGCCUGCAUACCCUGCAAGCACAUGGUGCUCAGUUUACUGAUUGUUCGGUGGAUAGUUGCUUGACCUCAUGUGAAGGAUCACAAAAGGAACAAGAAACAAAUUAUGUUGGCAGAGGAUUGAGUACCUAUCCUGGCAAUUCACCCAUUUGCCUGCAACAAUUCAGAGCAGAUACUGAGCUUGAACGGGCUCAACCUGCAAGGCAUGCAGAUUUCAAUGAGCAGAAGACAUUUUCUUCAUUCAUUGUACAAGAUUCAGAAGGUACUGCUCUCCCUGCCCGGAGGGAUUCUAGAACCCUAUCAAUUAACAAGAAGGCUCAAAGAGAGAAAGGAGACAGCAGCACUGUUUUCGAGGCACAACAAAGAGAGAGAAACAGCGAAGAUGCUUUUCUUGAAGCAAGCAGAAAGAGACCUGCAGUCCUGCAAGAGAGGGAAAAGGAGUCAAAUGGGUUUGGCUUGCCAAGUAUGACAACCCAACUGGAUCUAAAUGCCCAUGAAGAAAAUGAAGGUCCUCCAAAUUCCAAACAGUUUGAUUUAAAUGGCUUCAGUUGGAGCUGAAAUAAUGGCAUGAAAGCAGGUCAUGGCAGAGAGAGAUGAACUGAAGGGAUAAUGAGAGGUUCAUUUGUACCAACUCUUACAUAUACCAUACAUAUUGCAACUGCAAGCUCUAUCUUAUCAGCCAUCACAGUUAGCCAAAAAUAAGUGAUGGAUAUGGAGAUGAAAGUUGAUUAACAAAAUGUAUUUUCCAGGAAGCAGCCUGAGAGUGCAUUAUGAACAAGUGUGAAAGAGAUUGUCCAAGGGAACAUUAUGUUCAGUUCUCCAAGGUUUGUCAAUGGCAUCAUUGGAAUGUUUUCCUAA